AUGGGUAUUCGUUACGUACGAUGCACAUCCUGUGCAUCACACUUGUUCAAUCGAUUACUUGUAGGUUAUGGUUCUGAAACGCACAGCAGUCUAUCGCCCGGUUUUCCUCAGAUCGAAGAACAUCCGUUGGAUACUAUAAUUCCGAAGGGGGAGCCGGUGACGCUAAACUGUAAACCUCAGAUCAUCUGGUACAAGGACGGAGAGCUGCUCAGCACGCCUAACGAAGAGAGCAGGAUGCUGUUGACGUCCGGUUCAUUGUUCUUUUUGAGAGUUCAUCAAGGCAAGAAUCAGAAACCGGAUUCCGGAACCUAUUGGUGCGUCGCUCGCAAUGCCAAAGGUGAGGCGCGCAGUAACAACGCCACUUUGAAAAUAGCGAUGCUGAAGGAGGAAUUUCGGAUAAAACCGAAAAGUGUUGCGUACGUCGCCGGUUCACAGGCGAUCCUCGAGUGUAGUCCUCCAAAAGGCUACCCGGAAGCUGUCGUUUCAUGGAAGAAGGAUGGACGUGAACUGAAACUCGACGGUGACUCCAGACGCACCAUUCAUCCGUCUGGUAACCUGAUCAUCUCCGGCGUUCAGCUGAGCGAUUCCGGUUUUUACACAUGCGUCGCCCGGAACAUGGUCGGUACCAGGGAGAGUAAUGCUGCCAGGCUGACCGUCUACGAGAAGCCUGAAUUAAAACAGGCACCAGAAGAUUUUGUGACCGAGGUGGGUUCUGAGGCAGUGUUCUCGUGCAAAAUCACCGGCGAUCCUAGCCCGGUGAUCACCUGGCGAAAGAAGGAUGGAACAAUGCCGGUUGGUCGUUCACAAGUUUUGGAAGACCGAAGUCUCAGAAUCGAUCGCGUCUUUUUAAGCUUCGAACGUAACACGUGCCCGUGUUUAAUCAGGAAAAUUUUUCAUGGUAAGAAUCCGGCAGGAAGCGUGGAUGCAUCAGCACGACUCACUGUACAGUCUCCACCGUGGUUCGUCGUUGAACCGAAGGAUACGAUAGCGGAAGAAGGGUCUCAGGUUUCUCUUAGUUGCGAAGCUAACGGAAAUCCGGUGCCCGCAAUAUUUUGGUCGAAAGAGGGAGCUAAGGAGUUGAUGUUUCCCGGUCACCUGUCGUCCGACAAGCACUUUGAGGUCACGGCUGCUGGUCACCUGAUCAUUAGGAAUUUCGGAACCUCUGAUGAGGGUUACUACCUUUGUUCAGCAUUGAAUGCUGCUGGUUCCAACAGCGUCAAGGCGUUGCUGAAACUUUCCGGAGAAACUUCUGGCGUCAAUCCUCCUCCGCUCAUUCUUCGCGGUCCCGCUAACCAGACGUUGCCGUUGAACUCACAAAGUAAUGAUUCACCCCGAUGCCCUUCAAAUCAGAGGUACUUAUGGAAUAGACCACUGCCCAUUCUUUGUCAUGUACGUCAUUCUCUCUUGCCAGGUUUGCAGAAAGCUGAUUCCGGACUGUACACAUGCAAGGCUACAAAUGAGCAUGGCGAAGACACAUGGUCAGCCGAACUGACUAUCGAAGACCACACAAACCCGAACGUGAUAUUUCGGCGCAUGCCUGAGCCGUCCACCUUUCCUUCACCUCCUGGUCGGCCACAGAUGGUCAACGUGACCUCGUCAAUGAUCACACUGCAGUGGGACCCUCCAACGAACGAGGGCUUCUCUCCAGUUAUCGGUUACCGCAUCCAGUAUUUCAGUCCUCAGAUCGGAUUGCACUGGAACAACCCGUUGGACAUCAUUCGGACUAAUCGCUUCUCACUGACCAAGCUCAAGCCAUCGUCUUACUACCUCUUUGCCGCUCGUGCCGAGAACAGUCAUGGCAUCAGCGAACCGAGCCCCCUUUCGAUGGUGAUACGCACGACUUCGAACGGUAAAAGCCCUAAAGCCCAGGUGCAUAAAAGUUCAGAAAUCCACAAGAGGAUUAUGGCUCGUAAGAGUCUGACCGAUGCCCAGUUGGUGAAACUACGCGAAGUGAAACCGAUCAAUGCAUCGGCGGUUAGAGUCACAUGGAAACUUUUGCGACUCGAACCGCUUAUCACUGGCUUUUACAUUCGUUGGCAGGGUGCUGCUCCACAUCAGCAGGGACUGAGAAACGUCACUUCGCGGAGUGGAGUAUCCAGCUGGAGCACCGUUGUUUCGUCGCUGCAGCCGUAUACCACUUACAAGUUCUUUGUUAUACCGUACUUUCGUACCGUCGAAGGAGCACCCAGCAACAGCCUUGAUGGCGUAACCGAAGAAGCUGUUCCGAGCGCGCCGCCGUCUGACGUUCAAGUGCGUAUGAUGAAUUUGACCACUCUUCGUAUAUCCUGGAAACCCCCUCCCCGUGAGUUUAUCAACGGACUGCUGCGCGGCUAUCAAAUUCUGGUGUUGUCCAACGAAUCACGUUUGUACCGUAAUAUUACGACCGGCGAGAGAGCAGCUAGCGUCACGUUGUUUCGACUGGUCACUGGCAUGACGUACAGAAUUCGAGUGACGGCGUUCACGACGGCAGGCUUGGGCAGUCAGUACAGUGAGGACGUUGUGACGAUGAAUGAAGCUACGCUUCAGCAACACUUGGCAUUGGAGGUUCAGUCUUCCUCGCAGCGAUGGCGUGAGUUUGCUCAGGAGCCGUGGUUCAUCGCUUUCUGGUGGCGGCGUCGGCGGUUGUACAAGACGUCCAUCAACAAUUCUGGACCGUUUAUUAAGAUCAACGACGGCUCAGUGUUGAACAGCUACUAUGGCGCUCAUUGUUCACAUCCGGGCACCCUGGCUGUCGCUCCGCUGAACAACGGCUACAUGAUCAACGCCGCUGAUUCGCCGCCGCGCUUUACUGGAAAGGGCGAAGAAUCAUCGCUGUUCAUCAACUCCUCAGGCGGUGCCUCAUUGCACCCCGAUGCCGAGCGGCCAUACACUGAACUCAGCCAGUUGAACUAUUCUAUGUCCGCUGGCCCUGUACCGUCCUACUAUCACCAGAUCCCGCUGACCAGCACGACAUCAUCCUUGCAAGGCUGCCAGCAGUGCAAUCCACCCUCAUCGCCGACGCCAUAUGCCACGACGACGUUGGUGAUGAAUGCUCAUAACCAGCGGUUAUAUCAGCAGCAGAACUUGCUGAUGAACGCUCCUCCUUACGGCGAUCGCCAAAACUGUGUACAUAACAAGGGCAAAACAGCCGAAGCCAUGAACCGUGACCCCACCUCCGGUAACAGUCCGCCACAUACCGAUGUGUCGUACAUGUCCGGAGGAACCGGCAGCGCGAACAGUGUCAACUGCAAGAAGAGCCGGCCGCAGCAGCCGCCACUUCUGGAUUUCUUGCCUCCUCCGCCCGCGCAGCCUCCACCGCCGGCAGGUGAUUCUUUGUUGCAUGUGCAGUCGCCCUUGUUCUUUUCCAAAGCGAAUCCGGUCGAUCAGGGUUCACAUCCGUUGUCUAGACAUCACCUGUCUGACAAAAGUGCUUCAGAGAGUUCUAUUUGUCAGACGGACGCCGCUCGUUGUCACACUGUAAACUACCGAAGGUCGAAGCACAAGGACAGGGACAGGCAGCCGUCAGCACCAUCGCAGUCCGGACUGCGCUACAAUAGCGCGUUUUCGAAUGAACAGUUAAACUUCAUGGAAAGAGUACGUAUUCCGUUGUACUUGUCACAUUUUUCACUGAAAUAUGCAGGAUCGCGGCAGUGA